AUGUCACUCCAUGGGCUUCGGCGUUCCCGGCGAGCCGAAGUCCGAGCGGAGCUCGAGCGGCUCAAGGCCUGGCGCAGUCACGCAGACGGCGUCGAGGCGGAAAGCCUGGACACUGCUAUCGAGGUGCUGGUCUUCGCUCUGCGCUCCAGGCCGCAGCCGCGGGUGGAAGGACCCAGCGAGGCCUGGAAGUCCUGGGCAGCGGGUGCCUGUGCCCUGCUUGAUGAGCAUUUCCGGCAGCGGCCGAUUCAGGAGGAGCCCCAGGAUGACGGCAGCGGCAGCGACGCCGCUGGAAGGGGGGCCGAGGCGGACGGCGACCUUGCAGAGGUCGUGGACUUCGCAAAAGAUGCGGCUGCAGCGGUGGGAUUCAGUCAGCUGGACCAGGCCGUACAGCGACCAAACUUCGAGGCGAUUCCCGAACCUCUGCAUGAAGAGGAGGAGGUGGAGGUCGACCUUCCCGCGGAGGUGGACAUCGAUCUGGACGAGGCUGCGGACGUGGGCUUCGACUGCUUGGAACAGCCGGCAGUGCAUGACAAGUUCAAGGCGAUACCUGAAUCACCACUGGAAGAAGCGGAGGUGGAGGUAGACCCUUUUGCGGAGGUGAAGGUGGGUUUGGACCCUGGAACGGAGUGUUUUCAAUUCGAGAACUUGGCUGCCGACGCGGGAUUCAACCACCUGGAACAGCCUGCAGAACAAGUGGCAUUCGAGGUGAUGCCGGAGCCUCUGUGCGAAGAGGCAGAGAAGGAGGAAGACCUUCCCGAGGAUGAAAAGUUGGAGCAUUUGCAUAGCGAGCACGUCGCUGCAGACUUGGGCUUCAAGCAAAUGGCACAGUCUUCAGAACAAGAGGCGUUCGAGGAUCGAGGAGAGGACGGGCACUCUCCGGCUGCAGAAAGAUGUGCAGCCCAGGAGAUCGAGAAGCCGAAGGUGCCGAUGCAAGCCUUCUACGCGCAGCUCGGUGCCCGGUUCCGCAAGAGGGAGGCGCCUCCCGAGACGGAGACGGAGAGGCUGGAGCAGUCGGUGCCGCUGCUGGAGGAGUCUGCGCGAAAUUCUGCCAGCCACAUGGAUCUUUCGGCGCCGCCACCUCCUUUAAUUCCCGACACCACGGACCGUCUCACCGACGAUGAGGAUGUCGGGGACCUUGUGGACGAGGCGAGAUUGGAGCACGAGUGUGACGACCAUCCUCGCCGCCAUGGACACAACAAGAUGGGCUCCGUGCCGGAGCCUUUUCCCGAGCCACGGGACCUGACGCCGCUUCCAGAGCCCCCAGAGCUGUGCCCGGAGGCAGCAUGGGCUCCAUCUCUUUGGAGAGAUGGUGAGGAAGACGUUCCUCCUUCCACCGGACGCAACUGGCGCAGCCGGCCCAAGAGCAGCCCUCCUCCUUCGCCCCCCGAGAAAGAGCCAGAGCCCGCAAAGGAGGAAGAUGAUCCCGUGCGAUCGCUGGCGCCUGAAAUUGCAGAGGAGCGCCCUCUGAGCCAGCAGAUCGAGGAGCUGCGCCUCCGCCGCGACACCGCGCGGAGCGCCGGCGACUUUGACAAGGCCUUGGAUGCUGCUGCGUUAUUGGCGGCCUUGACACCAACUGCCGAAGCACGGCUGCGCCUGGCCGUGGCACGUUUGGAGUCAGGCGGCCAGGACCAGCAGGCGCUGGAAGACCUGAAGCAGAUCCGCCUCCUCGCCGAGAGCAGCGGUGAGCCCCUGGGGGAGGACUUCGCCCGUUGGUUCCGCAUGGCGCGCCAUUGGGCGGUCCAGCCCGCAAGGAGGAACCACUAUCGAGCCCUGGGUAUCCCGGCGGAUGCCUCCAGCGCGGAGGUCAAAGCCGCCUACCGCAAGGCAUUGCUGCUCUUCCAUCCGGACAAGGCUGGCGGCGACGCGGAGCGCUUCCGCGCCGUCCAAGAAGCCUGGGAGUUGAUCGGCACAGAGACGAUGCGCCGAGUCUACAACUUCGGGGCCCUCUCCGUGCCCGCCCGCCCGACGACAACGCGGAUGUCGGAAGGUGGAGCUGUGGAGGCUCCAAGCCAGCACAUCUUCACUGCUGGCCUCGGAGGCGCACCGACGGAAAAUGUUGGAGCAGAGCAGCCCCAGAGGUCGCACGGAAGAACGAGCCACCGGUCUCGCCAGUGCUCGGAGGCAACCCAGAGGCAACAUGCCCUUCGAGAGGUCGGUGUCCCCGCCUUCUCGGACUCAAGUCAGUCUCCACAACCGAGUGGGGCUCACACCUAG